CCGGCGAAAUCUGUUAGACCUAGAGGGGAUCAUGUCGAGAGAGAGGAUCAAAAAAGGAGUAUUGCCUCCGGCACAGGAGACCCAAGAGAAGUUGGAGAAAAUUGUAGAUGAUGGUAACUACUAUGGAGCUCAACAGAUGUACAAGACCUUUACAGCAAGAUACGUAUCUGCUGAGAGAUAUGAUGAAGCUUUGGAUAUCCUUCAAUCAGGUGCCUGUACCCAACUGAAAAAUGGGCAGAUUACUUGUGGAUCUGAGCUUGCUGUAAUGUUUGUGGAGACACUUGUCAAAGGCAAAUAUCCUUAUAACGAAGAUAAUCUUGACCGUGUCAGGAGUAUAUACAAGAAAUUUCCACAGAUUUCAGUGCCACAACAUUUACAACAUUUGGAGGAUGAUGAUGACAUGCAACAACUCUCCCAUGCCCUGGGGGCUGCCAAAACUCGUGUAGAAGGUUGUUCAUCAUUCUUGAAAGCUGCAAUUAGGUGGUCUGCAGAGUCUGGAGCUCCCAGGAGUGGAUCUCCUGAAAUACAUGCUAUGUUAGCUGAGUACAUAUAUUCUGAGUCUCCUGACUUGGAUAUGGCUAAAGUUUCAUUUCAUUCUGUACGAGGAAACGACGCAAACAAGUUUGCUUCAAUAUUAGUUAAUUUUACGGGCAAGUGCUAUCCAGGUGAAGAUGAUUUGGCUAUUGCACGAGCAGUUCUAAUGUAUUUAUCGCUUGGCAAUCUGAGAGAUGCCAACUAUCUCAUGGAUGAGAUAAAGAAUCAGCUGGAAUCCAAAAAUCUUGAAUUCCCUCACUCAGAUUUGACUCAGUUCAUCAUAUAUCUCUUGCGGACUUUGGAAAGAGAUGCUUUUCCACUUUUUAGGAUGUUAAGACAAAAGUUUAAGUCAAGCUUGGAGAGGGAACCUGCAUUUGAUGAGUUGCUAGAUGUGAUAGCAGAGAAAUUUUAUGGAGUGCAACGCAGGAACCCCUUGCAAGGAAUGUUCGGGGAUAUUUUUAAGAUGAUGGGUAGCGAAGGACUUUGAAGAUUGCAUUGGAUUAUUUGUUUCUGUUCCUUUCUCUCACAUUUAAUCUUGCAUUGCACAUUGCCAGGCUGAACUCAGUGAGCUGUUUGGCACUUCAGAGGCAUUUAAAUUAUAUUAUGGUAAAUCAGGGCCCGUAUUGUAGCAGUACUAGAACUUUUUGUUACUGUUAAAAAAUCUUAGCCUGAGCCUGUACUAAUAAUUUGUAUGUGUUACUUUAUCGUGAGCUUUGGGUCCGUUAUAGCACUGGUGAGGAAUCAAGAACUUUGUAAAGUC